AUGUCUUGGUGCUUCCUAUUCCCUAAUUCAUUUCUCUCUGUCUCUCCUUCUAUAGAUUCGCCAAGGCAGGACCUCAAAGACAUGAACGUGGAAGAAAGGGCCUUAUACCUAGUUCAUCUUUUGAAGACUUGUGCUAGGCAUACAGAAGAUGGUCAGUUCAAGAAGGCAAGCGCUGGACUUGAGUGCAUUGCUAGUGUUGCUGCUCCUGAUGGCGAUCCAAUGCAGAGGCUAGCUACUUACUUUCUUGAUGGGCUUGCUUACAGGUUGGUCAAGAAUAUUCGUGGUGUGCCUGAAGCUCUAAAUCUGUCAAAUCCCUUGUCCACCUUAGCACAACAAUAUGCCAGAAAGUUGUUCUUUGAGUUUUGUCCAUUCUUGAAGUUUUCUUAUCUGAUCUCCAAUCAGACCAUUGUAGAAGCCAUGGAAGGAGAACAAGUGAUUCAUAUUAUUGAUCUCAAUGCCUGUGAUGCUGGUCAAUGGAUAUCCCUUCUUCAUAGUUUGAAAGAACAACGACAAGGAAGUCCACUACCUUAUGUGAAGAUCACAGGGAUUCAUGAGAAUAAAGGGGUUUUGGAACAAAUGCGGAUUCAGUUGAUUGAAGAAUCUGAGAAAAUGAGCAUCCCCUUAGAUUUCUAUCCCAUUGAGAGCCAGUUAGAAAAACUUUGCUUUGACAAGUUGCCUGUGAAGCCAGGAGAGCUCCUUGCUGUAAGUUCUGUUCUUCAGCUACAUUCUCUUCUGGCGGUUGAAGAUCAGAUCAGUCCUGAUUCAGUCUUGCCACCUAAUCCUUCGCAAUUCGACUCACCUAAGAUGAGGUGGUUUCUAAGUAGCCUUUGGAAACUCAAACCCAGAUUGAUGGUCAUUACAGAACAAGAAUCAGAUAACAAUGGGCCUUCUGUUACAGACAGGCUUGACAAGGCACUGAACUUCUAUGCUGCACUGUUCCAUUGCUUGGAAGGUAAUGUUCCCAAAGCAAGAGCAAUAGAGAGAAUCAUGAUGGAGAGGAUGCUUCUUGGGGAGGAGAUAAAGAACAUUAUUACUUGUGAUGGAGUUGACAGAAAAGAGAGGCAUGGCAAGUUUUCAAAUACAUGGCAUCCAUGGCUGAAAUUGGCUGGAUUCAAGCGAGUGCCACUUCACUAUGAAAGAAUGUUGCAGGUAACAAGGCCAUUGCAGAGCUAUGGGCGUGGAUACAAGUUACUAGAGAACAAUCAAUGUCUGCUCACAUGCUGGAAUGAUCUUCCACUCUAUUCUAUAUCAGCCUGGAGGUUCUAA